AAUAAAAUUUGUUUUAUUUACAAUUAAGGAAUCAACAACAACCGUAAGCGUGCUUUAUAAGUUGAAUUGUUUAUUAAUUUGGGACCGUUCUUAACUAUUGAAGAGCGUAUUCUAAAAAUGCGACAGGACUUAAAGCUUUGCAGGCUUUGUGCGAAGUCUAGCAAAAAUAUGCCCACAAUUUCGCUCUUUGAGCGAAGUCGAAAAGUGGUGCUUCGAAGGAUUUUCCAACUUACUAGUAUCAAGUUAAAAAAAAUCAGCAAUAUUCCAGCGGUAAUGUGUUCUGAUUGUGAGACCGAAUUGAAUCGAGCCUAUGAAUUUCGUGAGCGCUGCAUCAAUGCACAUGCAUAUUUUUCCAGUGCAGAAUAUAAGACACACAUUGGUCAGACUCAUGAUAGAAAAGAUAGGUGCAGUAAAAAUAAAACGACAGAGGCAGAUCCUACUUUAGUAAAAGUAGAGCUGUUGCCAUACGCGCAAGAUGCCAUAUGUGAAAGAGGAGAUUUGGAAAUGGUUCCGGAAAGGAAGCCCAAGGAGGAACUUGAAACUGCAGACGCUGAAAGGGAAUUUAUAGCUCUCAAUGAAGAUGUAAUUAUUCAUGACAUAUAUAAAGAUGCAGAAGUGAAUCUUGUGGAUCAGUCAAUGGAAUAUACAGCACACAAAUUAUUGCAAUGUGAUAAAAUGGAAGCAAAAAUUGAAAUAGAAACGAAAGAUCCUAUAGAUGCAAAAAACAGAGCAGCAAUAGUUAAGCCAAAAAAAGUAGGUAAAGCGUUUAUAUAUGAGCCUGGAGGAGAUGAUCCAACGGCAAUCCAUCUGAAGAUUGAAUCUAAGGGCGAACGGAAGAACAAAACAAAGACGUACAUAUGUGAUCAAUGCGGUAAUCAUUUUAAGUAUCGUAGCCAUUUCUACUCGCAUAUUACACGGCAUACAGGCGUAAAACCUUUACAAUGCGAGGUUUGUCCAAAUAAAUUUUUUACUGAAGGCGAACUAAAGCGACACAUGCGUCGGCAUACCGGUGAACGUCCAUUCCCUUGUCAACACUGCGAGCGACGUUUCACCGAUUAUAGCACACGAAUCAAGCAUGAACGCACUCAUACCAACGAACGUCCAUUUGUGUGUCCACAAUGUGGUAAAGCUUUCACAACAUCUUAUGUGUUAAAAAAUCACAUGCUUGUACAUACUGGCGAACGCUCCUUCAAGUGUACUCUUUGCAAUAAAUCUUUUCAACGUCAAACUCAUCUCAUCGUGCAUACUCGUUCCUUGUCACACAAACAAAAUUUUGAACGUGAACAACACAAGUUGACACAGCAGGCAAGUGAAGAAAUGAGAUCGCUUUCCUCACAGUUAUCAACCAUGAAUACUUCUUCCGUAGACGAGAAGCAGACAAAAAGGAAAAUUUACAACUGCAUGCCGGUAAUGGAAAUCAGCAUUAAGUGGAACGUUUGCCGCAUCUGUCUGGCAGAGGAGCGACGAAAUUAUGCAAAAUAUAAUUUGAUUGAUUCUAAAAUUGCCAAACAAAUUUAUGAUAUUGCUGGGGUGCAGAUGGAUACGAGCGACAACUUACCAGAUAAGAUUUGUCGUAAAUGCUUGCUUUUGCUAAAAUAUGCUUGCCACUUUAGUACAACCUGCCGAAAUUCGGACGAAUAUUUGCAUUCAGUUAUUCAAAAAACAAAAUCUGCUACAUCUAUGCUAAAAAUGGAUAAACGUAGGGAGCGUUCUGUGGAGUUACUGGAAGAAAUGUUUAACGAAGAUGCUGAGGUGAUUUCGCCAAAUGAAGGAGACGAAGAGCAACGGGAAUCAGCAACUGUGGUACAAUUAAACAAAAAUGAUAUUAAAUUGGCAAGUUCCACAGUAUCACCGGAAAAAAUUGGUGAUUGCGAAAAUGAUGAUAGAGUGUAUCAAACUCAAUUGCUGAGGACUAUUCCAAGCACAUCCACAGUUUUAAGAAUACAGCAAUCUAAUAGUACAUUCGGCGUCACAGGCACUACUACAAGCUAUGUGAUAACCAAAGAGGAUAACAAAAAAGUUGGUAAUAAUUCUGUGACGACAUCAAAUAAGAAAUAUAACAAAAUCCACAAAGAAGGAAAAAAUUAUGACCAUGACUACAUAGACCAAGAAUUUGAUGAAAAUGAAUUAGAUGAUUUCGACGACAGCAAAGCAAGUUAUAAAAGACGGCCUUUGCGAGUUGGUAAAUCCAUUUCUGAAUGCAGCAUGGAUGAUUUGGGUUAUAUUGAUGGCAACGAAGAGAAACAAACCGACGCUCUGAAUAUUAUAACCGAUCACAAUGAAUGCAGUUUAAUUAAUGCUGAUAAUAAAAUAGAUGAGACAGAUAGCGCAGGUGACUGCGAUAUAAAGUUUGAAAAAGAGAAGCUAUCAUCUAACAGUGAGGAUGAACAUGUACAGGAAACAGAUGAACUGUUUUAUAUCAUCGACGAGCCUGUUAUUAAGGAGGAGGAGUCUUCAAAUCUGCAAAGUGAAGAUGUUGAUGUUGAUGCUGAUGCUGAUGCUGAAGCGGAUGAUAACAUACAGUUCAUCGAUGUUUUAGCUGGAACAGAUGCUUGUGAAUACGCAGAAGAACCAGUUUAUGACAACUGUGAAACAAACAGAUCUAUGGUGCAGUUAGAAGAAUACCUGAUAGAUGAAAGUGAUAGCGAACCUAUUGUUCAGCAAGAAUUGGAUGUAAAAGGAGAACAAACGACGGAAGAAUCUAGCAGUACGACUAUUAAAGCCAGGGAUCGAGAACAUCGUGGCUCGCCGCAUAGUCGAAGAAAAGGCAAUGAUUCUUAUAUGUUUUCCUGUGAAAUUUGUGGAAAUCAUUUCACCAGCCGUAGCCUUAGAAAUUAUCAUAUGCGUAUACACCGUAAAGAAAAAAAUUUCGAAUGCGAAUUGUGUUUCAAGCGGUUUACGGCGGCAUGUAACUUGACAGCGCACAUGCGUAUUCACACUGGAGAAAAACCAUACGAAUGCAAAUUUUGUUUACGAAGAUUUACGGAUCGUAGUACGCAUGUGAAACAUGAACGAGUGCACACUAAUGAAAAACCCUUUCAAUGCAACACAUGUGGCAAAUCAUUUGCCCUGUCCACCACGCUUCGCACACAUGAAAAGGUGCACACAAACGAAAAACCCUUCAAGUGUGAACCUUGCAACAAAUCAUUCAAACUACCUCACCAGCUUAAAUCUCAUCUGCAUACAAAUCAACAUAAAAGCAUUGUUAUGACCAACGAAUUGAAAAACUCUGAGUAUGAAAAAUGCAAUUGAAUAAAAAAAAAAACUUAGCUAUAGCCUAG